UUGCUUCUCAUUUGAAGUUCCGCGCCAAAGGCCGUCGCUUUGACAGGAAGCUUAUUUGUUUUGACAAGUUCACUUUUCCAUAUCACUUUGCCCAUUCGUAGAAAGUAUACUGAUGGAUACGCAAUCGUACAUGCCUGUUCCUCCGGGUAUCGGAAUGGAGGAGAACUAUUUUUCUCUGGAUGAUAUUUUGUUGUCUCACGAGCGACUCCCGUGCAAGACUGAGUGCUCGUUUCCGCGGCUCGGGUUCCUUGAGAAAUCCAGCGAUACUCGGGACAUACCGGAGGGCAGUAAGAUGGAGAUGCCCCUGUGGUUGGCCAAAGGUCUAUAUGAGAAGAAGAGAAGAGUACUGUCCGUAGAGCUGCCCAAGGUCUAUCGCGGGGGUUGGAGGACCGUGUUUGGUGCAGAUCCCACUGUGGUGGAUCUUCACAAAAUGGGGCCGUAUUACUACGGCUUAGGCUCCCAGAUGUUGCAUUUCGACAGUCCUGAAAACCCAGAAAUCGCUCAAAUCGUACUCCAGACUUUUAUUGGCCGUUUCCGCCGGACCAUGGACUCAUCCCAGAAUGCCUACAAUGAAGACACGUCAGCGCUGGUGGAGCGUUUGGACUGCUUGGAAAGGAGCUUGUUUAAGGCAGGACAGAGUGGACUCAAUGGUUUCCAGCAGUGGGAAAAAGGCCGGUCCUCUCACCUAACUGCCUCUAGUUUAGUUAUCAACUACAGAAAGAGAAAAAUCACAGAUCUGCAGGCCUAAGAAACGGUCUUAGACAACAGAUCGAUACGAAGGACUAGGACUAAGAGGGGUUUGCUGUUGGUAUUUGGAGCUUCUUGUAAGUAUGUGGGAAAUGAACUUUUUAUUUUUUACUGUAAUGUAAAUUGCUUUGUGAACACAAUUUAAAUUUGUUGUCAAUAAAUCAGGUUAUUCUGUUAUUUUCUUUCUAUUGAUGGAGCAGGUGUUACCUAACAGAACUGGAGCCUGCGUAAUUGAAAAUGACGUGUUGGCCUUUGCUUUCUGAUAAGCUCUUAUAUUUGGAAUAUUAGAGGUGACAUCCUAUGCGUCACCAGGUUGUGUGUGUGUGAGCUUUAGUUACGUCGGUCAACACAAGGACAAAUCAAAUCGUGCGUCUCCACACCUCACUGCCUCUCUGCUUACCUCCCACCACAUAAAACUAACGCUGUAAGUCGGUCUGUCCUUCAGACCUCGCAUGCAUUCGAAUCCCAAAGCGAUCAUCGUUCUGUCUAAGUUUUGGAUUUCAAAUGUCUUUGCCUUGGGUUUAAUGAGUCUGUUUAUGAAUGCAGAGUCCCAGCUGCUUGUUCAUGUGUAAAAUAUGGGUCAGCUGAUGAGAACGACAUCAUCCGUGAUUUCGAAAUGGAAGUUAUUGAUAUGUCCCUCUGGGGUGGUAAUAUUGACCCUGUUAUCUCUGUGCAGCUUCAGUCGGAGUUGCUUUGGGUGAGAUAGGAGGGGUUUAUCGAUCUCUCUCUCUCUCUCUUUUUGUUAAGGUCUAAAACUAAAGUCACUGCCCUACAGUUCGGAUGUUACAUCAUUAGGCUGCUUUAGUUUAUUAUGUACAAAAAGGUUCAGGACUUUAUUGAAUAAACCGUAGUGUUUCCAUAAAUGCCUUCUGGAAUGGUCUUAUUGAAGUACAUUUUUAAAACGGUAAAGUGCUUUUUGGUUUCUUUUUGGCCUUUGGAUUGUGUUUUAUCAUUUUUAACACCAUAGUAAUAUAACAAUAAUAAUAUUAGUGCAAGUGGCUUUUAAUAAAACAAUUACACACCUUUGCAAGCAAUAAAGUGAUAGUUCACCCAAAAAUAAAAAUUCUGUCAUUGUUCUCACCCUCUUGUCAUUUCAAACCUUUCUGACUUUCAUUUUUCUGCAGAACACAAAAGAAGAUAUUAUGAAGAAAGUUGGUAACCGAACAGCACAGGCCCCCAUUCACUUCUAUUAAGUGAAUUGGGGCCAGUUAACAACAUUCUACAAAAUAUCUGUUGUGUUCUGCGGAAGAAAGAGAGUGAUACAGGUUUGAAAUGACAAGAGGGUGAGUAAAUGAUGACACAGUUGCAAUGAUUUUAUUUCUAAUCUGAGAAUAUAACUUUGUAGUGAUGAAGUUUGCCAAGACAAGCAGCACAUACACUACCAAUUCCAAAAAAAUCAUAACUUUUCAAAUAUAGAGGUGGUGGUACUCAGGACGAGUAUCCAGAAGGUUGCUGGUUCGAUGCCUCCAAUGUCAUGAGUCAUGUGCUGUCACAGCUGACACCCUACAGCGAGAUCUGACCCUGCACAAGACACUUGACAGAAGCAUCUGGUCAGUGUCUCCUUAGUAUUUACUGUUUUACUGCUCUGUGACGUUUAGUCAAACAACCCGAGCUUGAUUAUAUAUCAGUUAUAUCAGAGUUUACCACUUUAAAAAUCCUUUGUUACGAGUUUCAUAGCCUCCUAGUGAAUGUAUGCAAGUGUUUCUCCAUCACCCCUGCUGGGUAAAAGUGUCUUCUAGAUUACUGUUGUUGUUGUUGUUGCUCAAUGAUCUGCUCCUGCCGUUCACAGUGUGGUUAUAAAAGUCUUUUCUGGCAUGGGUUAGUGAUGUACUGCAGUACGUGAGGGUCGUAAACACUACUGACCCGACUACUGCCAUAUAAACCUGUAAAUGGGUUCUGUUAUCAGGAAGAAUCGGGUUUACAUUACAUGCAAAAUGUUUUUUGAAGUUCAGACACUUACAGUAAAUGUUUACGAUGAAUAUGUAGUGGUCUUUUCUGGAAUAUCACAAUGCUUUUAAACUAUCAGUUAUGCAACAGAAUGUCGUGUGUGAUCUCUAUGGCAUUGUUGAAUAUUAUUCAUGACAUGUAUUUUGUUAUCAAUUUUGAUUUAGACAUCACGAUUAUGUACGGUUUUAUCAGACGCACACACCUGGCUCGAAGUUAACCUUCAAAUCCAAUCUGUGUUUGGUUAUAGUAUAACAAUGAAUUCAUAUUGAUAUUUAUUGUAUAUUAAUUGUAUCAAAUUAAAUUAAAGCAACUCAACAGAUAUAGAUUCGUUGUGGAAGUUAAGUGUGGGCAACGUAACGUUUGUUUAUGUUGUUGCUGCUGAAACCAUCUUUUCCCAAACGGGAUUCGCCAACCCCUGGUGGUUCCCGAGGGAAUUGCAUGGGUAUGUGAGUUGAACUGUUGACUAAAAACAAACAACACUCGCAGUCAUGUUGUUGUGCUAACUUUGAGAUCAUCUGAUAUUUAUUACAACAGUGAGUGUAAUGCCACAAUAAAUAUAUUGUGAAACAUAUUCUCAGUUCCUUCCUCUCUCAAUAACCUUCUAAACAUUGCAGAAUUAUUCAUAUUUUGAUCUGUAUGAGGUUGCGACAUCGAUUUGUGAAUCAUUCCAUCUGUCCUGAGCUGAACUGUUUUCCAUCUUCGUCCUUGCCAAGGUCGAAGGAAAUAUAUCAGUCGAAGGUUCCCAAACUUCUUUCCACUUUCAGACGUUCCAGUAAGCAGAUUUGAGACCUUCUCUGAAGAACAGACAUGACUUGGAGGCAUAGCAGGAAAAAGAGUGAGAGAUGGCGAGUGAAACAGAGGUGUCAGGAUUAGCCGUAUCUGAGCAAACGCCCACACUCUGCUCUUCAGAUGUGGCUAAUCUCUCUCUGCGCUUCUUUCAUUCUGAAGCACCACAUCUAACAAGCAUGCGUGCUGGAACGGGUGGGAGGUUGAGAACAGUGUUGCGUUUCAUUUUUUGGUGCAAACUCGGCCGAUGGAUGUUUUAGAAACCAGACCCUGCCUGAACCACCUGCAACACAUCAUCCGUCUGUUGUGUUAGCUGUGUUGUUUUAGACAUCCACCCUUUUGUUUCACUGCAGAUUGAGCUGUCUUUUACAAAUAAGCAGAGAGAUCGUGGAUCUGUAUCCAUCUCUUCUUGUUUUUCUUUCUCUCUGCCUGUGUCACUUGGUGCCGAUUUGAUGGACAAGUGCACCCAGGCAGAUGAGAAAGCCGAUCCAUAAAUAUCGGACUUCAGCGAGGAGCUCGCUUCAUUCCUGUUAUGAUCGUGAGAUGAGUCAUUGCUCGGCUGUCUACCUCUCUCACUUUAUUUAUCUCUUUUUAGUCAGUCGUGUGGCACAUACGGGAGCAUUUUUGCAUUCUGAAUGUAUGUAAAGAACAUCAUCCAGAAAUGAAGAUUCUGUCGUCUUUUAGUCACCCUCAUGUCUUUCAGAACUCAAUAGACUUUCUUUUAAUUCUUUCAUGAAACACAAAAUGAGUGUUUUUGUAGCAACGUUUUCAAACUCCUCCACACAGCAAGGCUGUCAAACAAUAAUCUUUAGACGAGAUUUUCAGUUGAUGGCUUCAAUUUGUCUUGCAUAAAGAUAUGAUUGAGAAGAAGUCAUACAGAUUACUGUAUGGACA